GCUCGACUCGAGUCGAUUCAGUCGCAGCCGACCCGCCACGCUGUUCUCGACAACUACCCACCGCGCGCGCGCUCUCUCUCCUUCUCUCUCUCUCUCUAUUUCUCCCCAGGGUCUCUUUUCUUCACUCCCGUGCUCGUCCUCUCCGGUAGUCACGUUCAUUUCGUCGAUACGUGAAUGCAUUCCCAUGGAGUGAAUUAAAAGUUCUCGUUCAAGCCGUGGAAAACACAGCUGAGCGAUUCUCGUGGUUUCCAUUUUGCGAUUUACGAAGCAACGUGAAUAAUCGACAAGCCAGCGGCGGGUACAUUCAGUCGUGAGGCUAAUUUUUUGUGAUUGUGAUAAAAACGAUAAAGAGAGAGACUGCCUGUCACUCCCUUUCUCCCUUCUCUACCUCGUGGACUUUCUUUCUCUUUCGUACAGUCGAGCUCUCUUACUCCCCUCUUGCUCUGUCUCUGUGCGAAGCUAUGAAAAGAGGAGUGAGAGAGAGAGAAAGCAGAGGAGUGACGUGUGAGUGAAAAGUUUUUCCCUAGAUUUACCAAAAAAGUCUCUCUGUCAUCCAUCAAGGAUUUUCCUUUUCGUUACUUUUCAUUUUAUUAUGCAUUCUUCAUCUCGAGUUUUUGCCCCUGUCACGCGAAGUCGCAUCACGUAACGACAGUUUCGAGGAUACGUGGCACGGCAUUCCGCUAAUGAUGGAACUUGGAAAAUCAACAGAUCGAGUCGACUAGAAGAAUUGAGAAAUCGAGGGAUAUCAAAAGUGAUGACAGUGCGUGAACGUUUAGGUAUGGUCGUAUCUUCGUGAAGAAGUCAACAGCGCGAAGUGUCCAUAUAGAUUCAGUGCGAAGCUCUCUGUGUCCGUUAAACUCUACGGAAUUAUACGCAGCGCGGAAGACGUGUCUCUUUAACAAAAUCCGAAAGAUAAUAUAAACGCAGAAGAUUUGUAAAUGAGAUUAUGAGUAAAUUUAUUGUUAGGACUUGAUAAUUAAGUCUCCAUCAAACGACGAAGGUCGACAGUCGUUAAUUGGAAAGGCGAAUUAAGUCGGGACGACUUGAAGCGUUAAUGUUAUUAAACGUCCUGGCGCCUGUCAAAAUACUUUUUCCAUCGGUCGAGAAGGCACUUCAGUUAAUGCUACCAAGAUAACUUAAUUUCAAGUGAAUUUCAAUCUCGCUCGAAACAAGCGUCCGUCGAUCUACUUGGCAUCUGUGAAUUUUUAUAACCUAUAAAAACGUGGUGUUCUCGCGAGUGAGUGGUGCGGUAACUUAACUGUACUGUGUAGGUAAUCGGCUUGAUAAACGUAAUAUCAAUAAGUGAGUUUGUCAUUGACGGUUCGAGUGUACGAUCAUCGGUGAUUAAUAGCACAACAAACUAACUGAAGGCGGUUAAUCAAACAGACGCUUACUCCAUACGGCUCAAAGUGAUCUGUGUAUAUCCUUAUUAUAUAUGUAUGUACGGUCACGACUCUUCUUACUGAUGCAAUAUCGAAGUACCUCUGCUCCGCUGUUUCCAAGAUAACCAGAAGAAAAAAGAAAGCAGUCGACACGUUUUGAUUAUCGUGAAUUGUCGCUGCAGCACGUAGUAAAAGGGACGACACCACAAAGUAUCCAGUUUUUGACAGGAUCAGAUAGAAUUUAAUAAAACCUGACUCUUACCCAAGUUACUUCACUGCUGUCAAUUUCUUCGAUGCUGUAAUAAGAAUCGAGUGACCCCGUGGUCCAGAUCGAAGAUCCUUCAUUCACCUCUCAGCAUCCCCAUCUCAGUUUCCUGUCACAGCUUCCCGUAUAACCCAGAAGAUCGUCCAACUGCGCGAGCCAGACUGACCAGCGGGUGACUGAGAGUCUUUAAAAUUGGGGGUGGAAAUAUUUUGGUGCGAAGAAAGGAAAAGGGAAGAAUCGAGGAAAAUAAGAAGAUUAUAGAAUAGGGUGUCGUCCCCAUCGCAGCGAAUCGCCAGAGGCAAUCGUGCAGGACCCAGUAAAAGAUGAGGGCGAUUCUGCUGGGUCGGCUGCUGGAUACGUCCGUGACCUAAAGCCUCCGGUAAAAGUUUCCACGAGCGAGAACGUGAGAAGGGCCUCCUCGGCGAAUCGAGAAUGGCGAUGACGGCUGAGCCUUACGUCGAGUUCUCAUCCACGGAUUCGUUCGACGUGACGACGUCGGAGGACCCACUGGCAAACGGGACGUUAUCGAUGGAAGAGAAAUGGCCGGACGUGCCAUUAGCCAUUUUGAAAGGAUGCAUAUUAGGCUCGAUAAUAGUGACUGCUGUCUUUGGCAAUCUUCUCGUGAUGGUGUCGGUGAUGAGACACCGGAAGCUCAGGAUCAUCACGAACUACUUUGUAGUGUCGUUAGCGUUAGCGGAUAUGCUGGUAGCCAUGUUCGCCAUGACGUUCAACGCCAGCGUACAGAUAACCGGAAGGUGGCUAUUCAGUUACUUCAUGUGCGACGUGUGGAACUCGCUCGACGUUUACUUCAGCACCAGCUCCAUUCUUCAUCUCAUGUGCAUCUCCGUAGAUCGUUAUUACGCGAUCGUCAAGCCACUCAAGUAUCCGAUAAAUAUGACCAAACGCGUCGCUGCUUUCAUGCUGAUGGCCUGCUGGCUCUCGCCGGCGAUCAUCUCCUUCGUGCCGAUCUUCAACGGCUGGUACACCACCACGGAGAACAGCGAACAUCGUCACAAGCAUCCCGAGCUCUGCGAGUUCAAAGUCAACAAGGGCUACGCCAUCCUGUCGUCCAGCAUAUCGUUCUGGAUACCGUGCACGAUCAUGACCCUGACCUACUUCUCCAUCUUCAAGGAAGCGAACAGGCAGGAGAAGCAAAUGCACAGCAGAAUGGGAAACGCCAUGCUGCUCAGCCAUAGGCCGAGCAAGGACCUUAAUAAUCUUAACGGGGAACUGAAUAGCGGUGGCUCGUCCAAGACCUUGACUCUUAACGAGAUCAGCACGGAUCAUCUUCACACCCCGACCAAGGAUAAGAACAUGAUGAAGAUGAAGAGGGAGCACAAAGCUGCCAGAACGCUUGGUAUCAUCAUGGGCACUUUCAUACUGUGCUGGCUACCCUUUUUCCUCUGGUACGUCACCACGUCCCUGUGCGGAAAGGCCUGUCCGUGUCCUGAUUUAGUCAUAGCCGUUCUAUUCUGGAUCGGAUACGCCAACUCGGCCCUCAAUCCACUGAUCUAUGCGUAUUUUAAUCGGGACUUCCGGGAGGCCUUCAAAAAUACUCUGCAAUGCGCCUUCUGCUCUCUCUGCAGGAGAGAACCGUCGGAUUUGGAUGCAUUGGAAAUUCGGCGGCCGUCGUUAAGGUACGAUGACCGAACAAAGUGCAUGUACACGGAGACUUAUCUGAAGCAAGUAGAUCGAAGAAGAUCGAGCGAGUUCGGGAGCAGUCUCUGAGACGAAACCAAAUUUAGAUUUUAAGUUAUCCUUCGAAAAUCCCACCCACCCCUUAAUUUUAACUUAAGAGAAAGCAACCCCAUUUCAUGCGCAUAAAGUAACGACAGCAUCACGAGAUAUAAAUAAUAUUGCCAAAUUAAAUGUUUGCAAUCUCCGCAUAGAUCACAGUAUCGUAUUGCCAAAGUUAGCUUUAAGUGAGCUUCGUAGCCGAACGAUGCGAGUCGCGUGAGCAUCGAGACGCCGUUGACGGCUGAUUCGACAGCGAGCGAGUCCGUAGAACGAUAACAAGGAGACAGAGAUUUCUGAAGGAGAGUAAUCAUAUUUCCGAGCGUCGCUAAAUGACUAAUCUCAAAUAUAUCUGAUUUUCAUUAACGAAACAAGCGAAAUUGAAUAAAAUUGCAAAAAGAGAGACUGAAAUUUGAUUCAAUCGGACGCCAAGUAUGAAGAAAGAAGUACGGUUAAAGGGAAUCUCACCUUCUCGGUGAUCGUAAUGGACUCUCGUAUAUCUUUAAGGCAUUUUUCAUAAUGUUUUCAAGAACUUGAAGUAAAAGCUAAGGAAAUGGCGCGAAUCGAAUCAAAUUGUUACAAACUUUGUAUAUCAAUAAUUUGCGGCUAGUGAUAUUUUAAAGCUUUAAUUAACUCGUACACGUAAUAACUAUGUAUUUCCCAAUAGACGCGCGUGCCGAGUCUGUUGUAACUAUCGUUUAUCGUGGCAAUAAGUUUCAUUCUCGAGAGCCAAGAUCGAUUCGCCGCGAGUCGAUCUUGCGGGAUGCAGUAAAAUUAUUUGAAAAAUAGUACAAAGCAAAAUAGAGGAGGCAAAAGCGAAUGAUAUUUGCGACGAGACGAGGAUCGAUAAGCCGGUGAAAGUAAAUCAAGUGUAAAAGUACGUAUGAUAAGAAAAAAGCUGAGAAUCGAUGGCCUAAGACUUAUUUCAUAAAUUCGCCGAGGACUCUCGAAUGUCGCGAAGGUUUUAUCUUGUUUCUUUUUAUCGUUGAAUAUUUUUUAAUAAAAGAUCGCGCUCGCUCCGCUCUCCAUGUAAAAUGGAAAUAAGAGAGCCACGGCUGAAUGACGGUAACGAGAGUGGUAAGAAAAGUUUUUAAAAAAAUUACGAACGAGAGAAGGUUUAGUCGCGAGAUAAGAAAGAACUGGAGGAAACGUAGAAACGCAGCUUAAGGUUUCAAAGACGAGUACGACACGGAGAAAAAAGACUGUACCGCUUACAUUAGAAUAUUAGCAUUCCUCGUAUUGUUAGUGCGCUAGAGCGCGAUAUGUGCGAGAAGGAAGUGGAUUAUCUUCGAAGAUGCGAAAAGGGUUGAUAAAGCGAAGAGAGAGAGAGAGAGAUAGAAAGAGAGAGAGGAGAAAUUUGUAAUACCAGAAGACGAAAAGGAUUUUUUUUUAAAUUAAGAUAUACAGGACAAAGUACAGAUUUGCUGAUAAAUUUUACGAAAUUAUGUCUCAGUGAAAAAAAGAAUUUCAAUAUGAACGAAAAGAAAGAAGGGCAUGUCAGUUGGAUCGAAGAGAUCGAAAUUCUAUUGUUGGUACCUUUUCGUUCCUCCAUUGUGAGUUUCUUUGCAAGUCUUUUUUUUCCAAUUUCUUCACUUUCGGUCCAGAUCGUAACGAACACAGAAAAUGUCAAGAGAAAAGCCCAAGGUACUUCUCUACUAUAGUUUCAAUGCGCAGAGUAAUCUCCACGUCAGCCGCCGAUAUUCAUCGACGGCACUGUAAAAUAGCUGAUAACGCCGCUCGUCGUUAUCACAGGGAAGUGAAUGCUCAAGAGUGAUAUUUGUAUUGUGGAUGUUUUAAAGCCGAUAUCGCCGUAUUAAUUAAGGCCCGUGGAUAAAAUGUAUUAUAUAUCCUAGUAUUCGAACGACUCGCAAUUAGCAAUACGUGCGUAUUAAUUUGGCGCGGCGCGGUUUUCAUUAAGCGGAUGAACGUUCUACUCUACUCUAAUGAUGCCGAUACCGUGUCCUGUAAUUACUGUAUUAGACGACCUUGGUUGGCCGGAGAACGAACUGAAUAACGAUGCAAUAAUGUCUUCGAGUUAAAGAAGAAUUUCUUAUUGCGACAAUGGAUUCCUUCGUCCUGUCGUAAUCAUGGAAUACGCGUACCACUUCCCAAGAUGAUAAUUGUAGUAUCGAUAAGUCGAUUAUUUUAAAAGAAUUGACUCUUUUCUGCGACCACGUGACAUUUCUAAUCGCGUCAUUCUUAGUGAUUGAUUCAUACAAAAGUUUUGUCAAUGUGAAAUUCCUCGAUUCGACUGGGUCAGGAUUGUUUGUCGCGAAUUUCUUGUAAAUAUUAUGUAAAUAAGUCUUGUCAAGAAAGAGAGAGUGAGAGAGAUGCAAAGAGAGAGGGAGACAGAAUGAGAGAGCUAGAGAGAGAGAGAGAGAGUGAAACGUAUACAAGAGUGAAAAUAAGAGAUUAUCUGUUUGUAUGAAAAUACAUUAAGUGACAUGGAGAGUAUAGAAAUUGCUAGUUUUCGCAAUACCUAACAGAAAAGUCAAAUUGACAAGUAAUGACGUUACUUAUGAUUUUUUUAGCAACUUUCCUAGCCUCUCUUUAGCACUUGCGUAUCAACAAUCAAAUGCAAUACUAGGUAUAGGCUGUGCGAGCGUAUAUGGAGACGCGUUAGUUGAACGUGUUGAAUAGUAAAGGAAGAGAGAGGCACUAUGAGUGAGUGAGUGAGAGAGAGAGAGAGAGAGAGAGAGAGAGAGAGAGAGAGAGAGAAAGGGGAAAGAAAAUUGGAAAAAAGAAAUAAUACAAUAACUCGUAAAUUUGUCGCGUCCCACAACGACGUUUCCUGUUUUUUAUAAAACCGGCAAUACCUCUCUUUCUUUAACGUGCGUGUGCACGCGUGUGCACGCGUGUGCAUGCGUUUGCGCGAGAGUUGUGCAAGACCAUCAGUUUAAUUGCUUCGCUAAAGGAAAUUGCCUCGGUGCUCCAGUACAUUGAAUCCAAGAAAACUAAAGAGACCGUGUGCAAGGUCUUGGUUAAUUUAUUUCACAAGAAGGAGAGAGAAUACAUAAAAUAACGAUAAAUGAGAGAGAUAGAAAUACGAAGGAAAUAAAAUAUACUGAACUCUCUUAAUUCCUGAGUCAAAAGCUCUAAUUAAUGUACGAGCCUAGGAAUAUUUUAUCAUUAUCAUUUGUUCUUCUUGGUGUCGUUUUACGUAAUUUGAAAUUCCGAUUAGAGUCUACCUCGAGCUAUUAUAUAUCGGAUUAUUAAAAAAUGACAUAAAAUUGAAAAAAGUCAGAUAGAUCCUAUGCAAAUGACACCCACCAAUCGCAUCACACGCGUAUGAGGAACGUGAAGUGCAGGAAGCGUCGUUGUAGUUAUUGAGCAGUGAAAUUUUAAGAGAAAAAGAGGAAAAUCCUAUUUCGCGCUCUGUACAUACGCGAGCCUAUAAUCCAUAAGCAUUGAUCUAACCGUGUUUUGUGUAUAUGAUGUAUUCUCCACAUAAGUAAAUUCUAAGCAUGCUUCGAACUAAGGUAAACGAAUAACCGUAAUGUGUAACUUAAGUGCUAAUUAAACAAGCAGAAAAUCGAUUUCUACGUCUCUCUAGUCAUACGACCAAUGCAAUUGAGAAUACUCAUGUCAGCAGCAUGUAACAAAUCCAUCGGAUCAUAAUAUCGUAAUAUCGCAAUGGCGUCCAAACGGUGACAUCUAGACACAACGAGCGUUCAUCCUACCAUGUAUCGAUCCUCACUCUUUUUCUAAUUAACGAAUAUACCUCAUCCUUCGGCCAUUCGUCUAUGUCAAGAGCCUUGCGCGCGACCAAGAGAAAGAAUAUUUAUGAAAUUAAUCAAAUUACGGACUCAAGAGUCAUCCGAUGCAUCGGACGUACCGGAAGCUGUGGUUCAUGAAGAUAUUUGAAGAAACACUAAAAGUAUUCUUACGACCAAGAGGUUUUACAUGCGGAUUUAUACAUAUGGAUAUAUACGCGAUUUCCUUAGAGCAUCUUCAUUCGUGCUAUAAUGCGUAACGUCUCGAUUAUUUGCCAUUUUACCAAAAUGACCCCGUGUUAAGUGCUUUACGAGCUUUUUACGAUGUGGAAGUUAUUACGCGAUCGCUUGUACUCGCCUGUGUCGUUUCCUCUAACGGGACGGUAAUUGGCCUUUUACGUUUAAGCGCACGGAAUAUGCUGAAUAUUUAGCACUCUUCAUGACUCGUCUGUAUUAUUUUGAUUGAUUAUCAUUUUAAUGACUCUUAAUUAACAAUUUACGUGAUCUGCUUUAUUAUCAUGACUUAUCGGGAGGAGCUUUUUUAAGUAUUAUAUAUAUUUUUAAUUAUGGUUAAAAAAAAGUUUAAUUAUUUUACAUGCCUGUUUUAAAUAUUUCGUAAAUUCGUGUGCGUGCUAAUGCAAGAUACGGAUACACGGGUAUCAGCUGCUUGUACGACAAAGUAUCGUUUCGUGAGGCGUCGAGAAAAUUUUAUUCGCGCACGCACAUUAGUCGUUUUCAUAAAUGUUUAUAAAAAAUUACGCGCGAUCCUAUCGCAAUUUUCGUAUAACGCGUUAUCGUUCGCCAUUAUGCAAAAUAUUUCGCCAAUUGGCUGCAAGAAUAUCCUAAACUUUUUACCGGGCCAAAACUUGACCGCCGAUCGUUAAUUAUUACUAAUUAGUCAUUACAUCGAAAGAUCGUGUCCGUUUUUUGAAAACUUUUUACGUUUUUCUUUUUUUUUUUUACCAUCCCCUGAACAGGGGUUAGUUUUUCCAGCGAUAAGUUGGUAAAAAAUUUUAUCAAAUGACAAAUCUCGCGAACCAUGAGAAUAUGGCGAUUUGGUCAAAAAUAAAUAUUUGAAUUUCCCGCCACUUUUCAAAUUCUUCAUCAGCUGGAACAGUCGUGAAUAUUUACUGCGACUUCGAUUAAUUACAAUGCAAAGCUCUUGGUCGUAAGACUCCAUGGCGACAAGAAUGUAACCAUGUGUACAUAAACCAUAAAUAAUAAUAAUUGUAGCUAGUGAUUUCUAAUGACCGUUAAUUUGUCAGCGAGACUUGGUCGUGGGUGAUCUUAUCAUUUUAUAUUGCAGCACCAUGCUAUGGGUUUGUCGGGCAGCAUAAUCAAAAUAUCACAGAUCGAGAAAAAAACGAGUAGCCAAGCCGUAAUUCACGUGUCUCACGCAUACGAGUUUCUGAAAACUAUACGGUUUUACGCAGACCAUAUAUACAUAUAUACAUGUACAUACAUAUAACAUAGUGCAGGCACGCGUGAUCGUCCGCAAAGAAUAAUGUACCAUUGACUAUACUUACCCGGUUAUAUUCACUUACUGGAAAAUGCGUGAAUGGAUUACAAGUGAUAUGUUACUGAUAAUAUGUACGCACAUAUAAGGCUAGAAUAAUUGAUAAAAAGUGAUAUACGCACAAAACGGAUAUAUACGAUAUACCGAUUUCUUUUAUAUUUUCCCUUUAUAGUCGUAAAAAAAAUAUUACCAUACCCUUACCGUGGCAAAUAUACGUAUUUAAUUAUGGUUCGGCGAUACGCGUGCAACGUAUUUUCCAGCGACGUCGCACGUGCCGACGCCGGGCGUCGAUCACAGAUACCCGUCGCGGGUAAAAAUAAAAUCCGGACUAUCAAUUAAACCUGCACGAAAUUGUAUAUUCGUAAGCUCGAGGGUUCUUAUCGAUAGAGAUCAAUUAUCUAUUACCCUAAUUAAAGUCAGCCUUCGUUUCUUUUUAAUUAGCCCUUGCAUUUAUAACGUACCCCCGUACACCCUGUAAUUUAUACACGGUCGUUACACCCUAUUCGUUUGAUUUUGAAAAAAAUAGAGGUAAGUUCAAAGUUCACGGUUUUUACUAUAAACCAAAAUACAAGUGGGUUAGGGUGGUAGCUAUGCGUCCUCAAGAAGCAUUGCAUAUUUUCUUGAAUUUUAUUUUUAUCCAAUUAUAUCAAUGCAUCAAUUGCACAAUGCGUAUGCACUUUUUAUCAAUUUAUCUAAAAAGAGACCAAUACUGAUAAUUCACGAUUCAAAAUCGACCGGACAUAGAAAUGAAAUCUAAAUCUCACUGUCAUUAGAAGAAAAAAAUAACAUACGUGUAACAUAUAUCCAGCGUACCUAAAUGAUAUUUUUCAAAUGACUACUAACACUCGCAUAGUCUUCCCGAUGCAGCGGAUCGAUCAAUCGGUUAAUUCGAUCAUUGUUAUAUCUAAAGACUCGUACGGCGAACAUUACUGUGUUUUAUUUGUGUGUACGAUACAUGAUACAGUCAAUGUAGAUACACGUAUCACCCAUAUGAAGUUAUCAAUGAAUUUAACGGGCGAAUGAAAAUCAUUUAUCUUAUCAUUGCAACGUGCACGCCGUACUUGUCAGUUAUUAGUGAAAUAUAAAUUAUGCAUUUUACCUUUUCAACUUUAAUGCAUAAAAUGCAUCGGUAUACUCCCCACGUGACCUACGAGUCGAACAGUCACCUAUGCAGAGAGAAUGAUGAGAUAUUACUGUAGUACAAAUUAAAAAUGUCUAUAAAAAAUAUUUUCAAUUUUUUUUUUUUCGUAUUUUUAUUUAACGGGAUCCUGUAUGUUUGAUGGGAUUUAUUGUAAAUGACGUUGAUAUAUUUUUUAUGGAGAGAGAGAGAGAGAGAGAGAGAGAGAGAGAGAGAGAGAGAGAGAGAGAGAGAGAGAAUAUCGAAUUAUCUUAUUCUUUAUUGGCCAAUGAUAAUAUUUGACUCAAGACAAGUAUCUGUGCUCAAAAAAGAUUUGUUUGAAUUUGAGAAAAAAAAAUGUUAAACCAGAUAAUUACUCUAGCAGUGAAUGAUAAGCACGAUCCGAAAAAUUGAUUGAUAACACGGAUAAUAUUUUUCGUUCUAAUUUAUCGUUCUACAAGAAUAAUCAUUUUUCUCUUAUUCGUCUCGAGUAUUCGGAUUGCCUUUUAUUUUCUCUUUUUUCCCUUUUAUUAAUUUCUUCCUCUACCAAGAGAAAACGCCUAUUUGCUUCUCACUUACAGCGAAUCAAUUAGCUACCAUUUUAUGGCGGGAUCAAUAUUCUUCGGGUGAACGUAACUCGGUAUACAAAUAUUACACAGUGCUAUAUAAUAUUGCCGAAUGAUCAUCAGUGCUCAGCGAAUCUAUUAAUUAUUUAUAUUUUCACGCUCGAUGACGCCUCACACUGCAUAUAUGUAUGAGAAAAUUAAUAGGAAGUAAAAAGAAAAAAAAGAAAACAAAGCGAACACCCACGAGAAACCGGAAGGAAAUCCUAGAUGGCGAAACAGGUCUCGUGCGUGAAAUGUAAUAAAUACGAGAAACGAAAAAAGAACAAAAAUGAAAAUAAAAGCAAAAACAAAAGUAUUUGCACGCAGGCAACAUAGACAAUCAAGUGUGUUAUCGUAUAAAGACGAGAAUAUGUACGUGGGUAUGUGAAAAACUAAUAUAGAGGUAUAUAUGUAUAUACGUACAUAAUAUAUACAUACGCACCAACGCAUUAUUAUAUAGUACAUAUAUACAUAUAUAUAUACCUUUACGCGUUAAGUCGGCAUCGUCUCUCCUCCCUCUCUGUAAGGCGCAAACAGUAUAUCUAAUUAAUAAACGCAUAAUACACAUCAUGUAAGAAGGAUCUAAUCGAGGUAUGCUGAAUGUCUUGUAAAUAGUAAAUGUAUAAAAAAAAAAAAGAAAAAACAAAAGAGAUCACUGUAUAGUUAUCACGAUGGUAGCCAAAUGCGAUUGUAUUUUAAAUGUUCACGUUUCUUUUUGUUAUGAAUUAUUUAACGAAGAUCGGUCGAAAUAAAGAUUGUUUUUUGAA